CUCAUUUCAAAGCCCACUAAUUUUAAAACCUGCCCGCUUCUGCUUCUUCGAAUUAAACCUGAACACUACUACGCUAUGAAAACAAUUUCAAGCAAGGUGGUGAAGAAAUUUAUAACAAAGCCACCGUCUUUGCUAUCAUCAACUGCUUCUCUCACCUCCAUAGCGUCCUUCAAUGUCUCCAACAAGGCAUUCCCAUCUUCCCUACUCGAUGAUUUCACCAAGUUUUGUUAUCAAAGAGACUUGCCCAGAGCCAUGCAAGCCUUGGAACUCAUGCACACACAUUGUAUACGGGCUGAUUGUAUUACUUACUCAGAGCUAAUCAAGUGCUGCCUGGCCCGUCGAGCUAUUCAACAUGGCAAACGUAUUCACGUCCACCUCAUCUCCAACGGGCACGUGCCCAAAACGUUUUUAAUCAACAUUUUGAUCAACAUGUAUGUCAAGUUUGGUCUUCUACACGAUGCACAGGACGUGUUUGACAAAAUGCCUGAUAGAAAUGUAGUUUCUUGGACAACAAUGAUAUCAGCUUAUUCUGCUGCUAAAUUAAAUGAUAAGGCGUUGGAGUUCUUGGUUUUGAUGUUAAGAGAAGGUGUGCGACCGAAUAUGUUCACGUACUCUUCGGUUUUGAGAGCCUGUGAUGGGCUGUUUAAUCUUAGGCAGUUGCAUUGUUGUAUAAUUAAGAUUGGUUUAGACUCUGAUGUGUUUGUUAGGAGUGCUUUGAUUGAUGUUUAUUCCAGAUGGGGUGAAUUGGAGAAUGCACUGCGUGUUUUUGAUGAGAUGGUGACUGGGGAUUUGGUUGUUUGGAGUUCGAUAAUUGCAGGGUUUGCUCAAAAUAGCGAUGGUGAUGAAGCGUUGAGGCUUUUUAAGAGAAUGAAGAGAGCUGGGUUCUUAGCCCAACAAACUACGCUAACUAGUGUUUUGAGAGCUUGUACUGGGUUAGCAUUGUUAGAAUUGGGGAGGCAAGUCCAUGUUCAUGUGUUGAAGUACGAUCAAGAUUUGAUUUUGAAUAAUGCUCUUUUGGAUAUGUAUUGCAAGUGUGGAAGUUUGGAAGAUGCUAAUGCUGUUUUUGUUCGGAUGGUAGAGAAGGAUGUGAUCUCCUGGAGUACCAUGAUUGCUGGUUUGGCACAAAAUGGAUACAGCAAAGAGGCCCUGAAGUUGUUCGAGUCGAUGAAAGUUUUGGGGAUAAAACCAAACUACGUAACUAUUGUUGGUGUUCUUUUUGCUUGCAGCCAUGCUGGUCUUGUGGAAGAAGGCCUGUACUAUUUCCAUUCAAUGAAAGAGCUGUUUGGGAUUGAUCCGGGAAGAGAACACUACGGAUGCAUGAUUGACCUUCUUGGAAGAGCUGGACGGCUCAGUGAAGCUGUUGACUUGAUAAAUGAAAUGGAAUGUGAACCAGACGCUGUUACAUGGAGGGCUUUGCUUAAUGCAUGCAGGGUCCACCGGAAUGUGGAUGUAGCUAUUCAUGCUGCCAAACAAAUUCUAAGAUUGGAUCCCCAGGAUGCUGGAACCUAUGUAUUGUUAUCCAACAUUUAUGCAAAUACUCAAAGGUGGAAUGAUGUUGCAGAAGUUAGGAGAACCAUGACUAACAGAGGAAUCAAGAAAGAACCAGGAUGUAGCUGGAUUGAAGUGAGUAAGCAGAUUCAUGCUUUCAUUUUAGGAGAUAGAUCACAUCCACAAAUCCGUGAAAUCAACAUUCAGCUGAACCAGUUAAUUUAUAAACUCAUGGGAGUCGGCUAUGUUCCUGACACCAAUUUUGUCUUGCAAGAUCUGGAGGGGGAGCAAAUGCAAGACUCCCUAAGAUACCACAGUGAGAAACUGGCAAUUGUAUUUGGUUUGAUGAGUUUGCCCAGGGGUCAAACUAUAAGAAUCAGAAAAAAUCUGAGGAUUUGUGGAGACUGUCAUCUCUUUACAAAACUUCUAGCAAAGAUGGAGCAGCGGAUUAUUGUUAUCAGAGAUCCCGUUCGAUACCAUCAUUUCCAAGACGGGCUUUGUUCUUGUGGAGAUUUUUGGUGACAGGAGAUCAAGUUCGCCCUUGUGGUUUGUAUCUGCUUAGCAUCUAGAGAGUGGGGAAAGGAGAGAAGACGCAGUAAAACAAUUCAACUGCCUGAUUGGAUUAAUCUGAUCAUUCAAUAAAUGCUGCCUCCAACUUGCCGGAAACAAUGGGUGGUACACCGGCACUGAAAAACCGUUUCAAUGAAAAAGAUUCCAUUACAGAAUGUGUGAUCACUCGAACUGAUUUGAAAAACCAAGUCAAAAAUAUCAGGAAAGUUGUUCCAUUCCAAUGACUUCAUCGUAGCAUUACAUUGUUUCCCAGACUCGGUGUAUCUAUAGCUACGAAUGCUACGAUGGCACAUCAAAGCUCAAAGCCCUCAAAGAAAUGAUGAAUGGUCCACGGAUGAACUGAUUGACCAAAUAAAUUGUCACUUACCUCUAUACAUCAAUCGAUCUAUUAGUAAGCAAACCGAAAUCAAGCGGGAUGGAUGACUUUGAUGAAUAUCCUCCAACUGCAUGCCAUCCUCGGGAUUAUGACCGCUGCUGAAAAAAAUUGUUCUUCACGGAAUUCAUAUUAUCAACUGCUAUGUAGUAGGCUCGUGCUUUUCCGGCCUUCCUUGCACUGUUCUUGUAAUUAAAGACUAUAAGCGAAAAACAAAACAAAGAGUGACACUUACUUCAA